UCGUUCCUAAUUUGUAAUCGAGUACGGUGUGUGGAACGAUUGCCUAACCAUAGAUACUAUCAGACUCUCAGCAGGGAUGCCGCGCCCCUUUGGGCUGGCGGGGGUGGGUCGUGCUGGCGCUGUUGCGAUUGCCACUGCUGGAGGGCGCAAUAGUAGUGGUAGUAGUAGUUUCACUGUGAGAGCGGGCGUCUCUUCUUGUAAACCUUCGGUCAAGGUCGGGGUCGGGGUCGGGGUCGGGAUCGGGGUAACCAAUUGGAGUCUGUCGCCGCCGCAGGUGCUGCCAUCGCGCGGGAACGCGCAGUUCAAAGGCGGCGAUAAUACUACACGUAGUAGCACUGUAGAGACGAAAGUCGGUUUCUUUUCUUGGCGCUCUUUUCCAUCUUUUCCAUCGCCUCACGAAUCCAUGCACUUGUGGGAGGUGUGUGUCGCGGCGGCUCGGCAUGCUUACGCUCCGUGUUCUACUGCCUUUGUUUGGAAAAGGUCCGACUUUUUUGAGCAGGCAUCUCUCGGCGGGGCGCUUUCAGGCGUGACGCGCUCCCGCGCGUCGAGUUGGCACUCGAUCGCACGCGGCGGGACGAGCGCGGCACGUCGUGGCGCUGGGCUUUCUUGCACCAGCAGCAGCAGCAGUGACUGGGUUUGCCGCCAUAGCUCGGCACCACCCCUAGCUUCGUCGUCGACGUCUCUCGCAUCGUCACCAUCACCGGUCGUAGAUUCGCGGCAAAAAGGGCGCCAUGCGUGCACUUGCAUCGUCCAACAGAUCGAAAUUGCGAAAUAUCGGGGGCGGGAGAAAGUGGGAUGGGUGGGAAGUCGUAGGAGAACGAGGAGAUCCGUUGGUCGAGUUGAGGCAGCAGUGAUUCCUACUGCCGCAUGUUGUAGCGUUGACGUCAACAGCUACUGCAAGAAGGUUCUUCGCCGCGGCGCCGUUUCUCCCCGGCGCCAUUGUUUUGUUGACGACAACUGCGCAAAGCAAAAGGAGGAGGAGGAGGAGGAAGAGGAUUGGUAUGCGAGGGCAUUUCUUCCUCGUUGGCAUGCAAAGAUCGUUGCCUCAGAGAUCGUUGCCCCAAGCUCGGUGGAGGAAGUAACUUGCCAUGGCUGGAGCUUUUCUGGCCGUCAGUUUAUGAGCAGAGCAAUCUCCUUAAGACUCGUUGGCGGCGGCGGCGGCGGCUGUGGCGAAGGCAAUCCUUCCACCAUCUCAUCCUCUUCUUCUUCCUCGAUUCGCCAUCGUUUUCGACGUAGAUCUCGCAGAGCCGCCAUAGCUACUGCUGGCGGAGGUCGGGGGACCGGCGACGCGAGACCGUUGUCUUCUUCCCGACUCAUGAUCCCCUGCUUAUCUCGAAUUAUUGUGUUAUCGCCGCCGCCAUCGUCUUUCUUGUCGUCUUGCGGAUUAAUCGCGGCGGCGAUCCAUUGCUCGGCUCGCUCCGCGGUUAUGGCAAGCACGCUCCCGCGAGCGGCAGCGCAGUCGUCCGCCGGAGAAACUGAUCGCCAAAGAAAUGCUAUGGACUCCAAGAAAACGGCUAUGGCGGCGAUGGCGAUGACGGCGAACGAUAUGCCAGAAGACGGAUCGAAGGGGGAAGAAGCUCUGGGGAGCACGACACCGCUGUCACCCUUAGCGAACAACACGACGCCUCUGCAGUCGAACGGCCAUCAUCAACAAGAAUCAUGGUCCUCUCGUGCUCUCUCGAGCGGAGGCUAUGGCGAUGCCGGCACGGGGGGACGUCAACAACCACCAGCCUCAUCUUCUUCCUCUCCUGUCUCCUCUUUGCCGUCAGAGGAGAAGAGUUGGCUCGCCGUUGCUGGUCAAAGUUUCAAUAUGGCGGGAACGAUGAUCUUUGUCCACAUGUUGAUGGGUAAUCGCUACUUGGCAUUGCCUCAUAUUAGCGUGCCAGACAUUCGAUGGGUUGACUGGCACGCUUUGCGGAAAGCGGGAUUCGUGGGUGCUAUCUUCGACAAAGAUAAUACUCUUACCGUUCCGUAUGAAAAUAACCUCUAUUCAGUUCUACAAGAGUCCGUCAGCCAAUGUAAAGAAGCCUUCGAAGGGCGCAUCGCCAUUCUCAGCAAUUCUGCGGGAUUGAUUCAAUUUGACCCUCAUGGAGUCGAAGCCAAAGCUGUGGAAGACGAGCUAGGAGUCCCCGUUCUACGACACGAGGCAAAAAAGCCGGCAGGAGGAUAUGAGUCGCUCGAGAAGCACUUUGGAUGUGACCGAUCGGCACUAAUAAUGGUCGGUGAUCGCUAUUUCACUGACAUGGUGUUUGGGAACCGGCAUGGGCUUCUCACCAUCUAUACAGCCCCACUCACAAACAGGGGUGAACCGUUCAUUGUGCGCCAGGUACAGUUGAGCUUUUUACUGGAGGCGUUUGCCUAAAGGUAACUAGAACACCAGAGGUAAACGUAUUUGAGCUGAACCUACAGCGUAAUUGAGAAAAGGAAGAGGCUAUUGAUGCCUAGACUUUUUGCCUUUUCCUCAUAUGUGGUGCGUAGCAGUGGUCUUACCAUGAUCAUCCACCUAAGUGGAAAGCUUUGUGGAUGAAUGUUUCAAUGUUUUGGCCCUUUGGGGCAAAAGUGUAAAGCAGGAAUACCCAGCUCGCCCGCCCUUGAAGUCUAUAUUAUAGGUUAUCCCAACUUAUCCGACAAUGCGAUACAUCGGAUACAAUAUUAUGUGAUGGGCAUGGCUACGGCUUUGCAACAGUUCGUGUGCCACUUUUUCCAACGGGACACGCUGUGGAGUUUGCACUUGUCACUGUUUUCACCUGCACGCUUUCUUUUCAUUAAAUUCAUAAUAAUCCAUACCGUUCAGACUUUACCACUUUUCUUAACGACUUUUUUUUUUUUUUUUGUUUUGUUUUUUUUUGUUUUUUGUUUUUGAACAAAUGCUCCAGUCUAUU